CCCCUGGCUAAUUAAAAAUGAAGGGGAGGUCCAGUUAGUGACAUAGACCAGUGAAACCAAGACAGUGAGGGAGAGGACAGAGGCAAAUCAAAUAUGCAAUGAGGCAGAUGAACACAGAAUACAACGAGUAAAAGACAGGACCAGUGUGAGGCUUUAGAUAAUAUUACUCUCAUUAGAAUCAGGAGCGUCGCCUCUAUUCAGACACUUGAUCUUCAGGCUUGUCUGGAAGAACCUGCAGGUGCUCGACAGGAGCUGCACUUUUCUCCAGAUUCAGGAGGUCCUGACUCGCACUGACAAGAAGACAUGGGCUCCAUGGUGUGGGGCUUCAUUACUGACUUCUUCACCUAUGAGACAACCAAGUCCGUGGUGGUCAAGAGCUGGUCUGUGGGCAUCAUCAACCGGGUCGUACAACUGCUCAUCAUCACAUAUUUUGUUGGCUGGGUCUUCAUCCACGAGAAAGCUUAUCAGGUGACUGACACCGGCAUCGAGUCCUCCGUGAUGACCAAAGUGAAAGGCUUUGGGUACCAAAACAAUCAUGUGAUGGAUGUGGCCGACUAUGUUCUCCCACCACAGGGUGCAGGUGUGUUCUGCAUCAUAACCAAAGUCAUCGUCACCGAAAACCAGUUCCAAGGAAGAUGUUCAGAGACUGGGAAGAGGUUUGGUUGUAAAACAAAUGAAGACUGCAACAAGCAUUUGGGUUCUAUCCUCUCCAAUGGUAUUAUAACAGGUGUUUGCCUGAAAUCCUCCAACAAUUCCCAAGGCAUGUGUGAGAUUGAAGGAUGGUGUCCGGCUGAGAACGACAGCGUCAUUGUCACACCGAUGCUGGAUGUGAACAACUUCACCAUCUUCAUCAAAAACAGUAUUCGAUUUCCACUUUUCAAUGUCACCAGAGGGAACUUUCCUUCCACCAUGAAGGCUGAUGAGAUCAAGAAAUGCACCUACCACCCUGAGAAGAAUCCCUUCUGCCCCAUCUUUCGUGUGGGGGACGUGCUGAACUACACUGGACAGGAAAUUGCAAAUCUGGCAGAUAAGGGUGGAGAAAUAGGAAUAAACAUUGAAUGGAAGUGUAACCUGGACCUAAACAUUGAUUAUUGUGAACCUAAGUACUCUUUCACUCGACUGGAUGAACCAUUUUCAAAGAAUGCCGUCUCCAAAGGCUACAACUUCAGAUUUGCCAAAUAUUUCAAGACACAGGAUGGGACUGAAUUUCGGACCCUUCACAAAGCAUAUGCUAUCCGCUUUGAUGUAAUGGUCACUGGCAAUGCAGGAAAGUUUGACACAAUCCCAACACUGAUCAACUUGGUUGCUGCCUUCACUUCUAUUGGACUGGGUGCAGUUCUCUGUGAUCUUAUCCUGCUGAACUUCUUGAAAGGGGCGGCGCAGUACAAAGCCAAAAAGUUUGAAGAGGUGUCGGACGCUCAAAUAGAAGCAUCCCUUGCUCAGAGCCCCGGCAGCCCACUGUCACUGAAAGGAGGCAUCAAGAGCUCCUGUGACUCCGGAGCCAUUUCCCUCGCCGCCUCUGACCAACAACUUUGACUGACAAAAAAAAAAUAACAACAACCUGAAGACAUGAACUCUCCUUCUCUUUCACUUGUUACCUCUCCAUAAGAGAUACAUUAUGCUUUUUUCUGGUUUUUCUAUACCCUGCUGUCAUUUUCAGUUUGGUAAGUCAAUGAACUGUGGAGAAGAAAAAAAGACUACUUUGUUGCAACGUUUUCAUUUCUUCAACUGGAAGUGUUAGAAGAAAGGAAGAUGCAAAAUAACUUCACACUGUGUUCUCCUGGUGUCAUACACUCAAUCAAAGUUCCCCUGAGAAAGACUUACAAUGAAACUCAACGAAUGGCUGACUCCUAACUACUUAGAUUACGCUUACUUACAA